AUGGCCGACGAGUCGCCGGCGCCGACGCCCCAGGACUCGCCCAUGGAGCACGUCAUCAAGCGCUGCGGCAUCCUGCUCCCCGAGCGCACGUCCUUCCCGCUCGCCGCGCGCAACUGCGUGAAGAAGGGCGCCAUGCGCAAGGGCGGCAAGCACCUCGGCUGGAACUUCAAGCAGCGCGUCUGCGUGCUCGCGCCGCCCUGGCUGCUCUGGUACGUCGACGAGAAGUCGCCGGCGCCGUCGGGCUUCGCGCACCUGGACACGGUCCGCGGCGUCGCCGUCGAGUCGCGGUCGGGCUCGGGCCGCCGGGGCGUCUGCGUCGUCGUCGAGGUCGCCGACGGCACGCGGCGGAGCGGGCUGCGCUUCGUCUGCCGCGACGGCGGCGAGGCCAACGGCUGGCGGCGGGCCAUCGAGCACGCGCUCGGCGGCGGCGGCGGCGCCGCGGCGGCGGCCGCGAGCCUCCAGGCGUCGCUGCCCGGCGGCCUCGUGAAGCAGGCGACGCCCCUCGUCUUCGACGCCGCGGCCCACGAGGAGACGGCGGCGGCGGAGGCGCGCAUGCUCCGGGCCGACGGCGUCCGCGACGACCGGCCGCGCGCGCCGUCCGUCCGCGACGGCUCCGUCGAGGCGGGCCGGUUCCGCGGCGCGACGCUCCUCGGCGGCCGCGAGCGGUCGCCGCCGCCGCCGUCGCCCGUCGCCGGGUCCCUCGGCGAGAGCCCGGACGCGGGGUCGUUAGGGACGUCGCCGUCGCUCCCGGGCCGCCGGCUCGGCGCGUCGCCGGGCUCGCUCGCCAAGGUCGCCGGGUCGCUCCAGGAGUUCCUCCCCCUGACGCGCGCGCGGAGCUUCCCGGACCAGCGCCUGCGGCGGUCGUCGGAGCCGGAGACGCCGCGGCGCGCGGCCGCGGCGCCGCGCCUGCCCGUCGCGGGCCCCCAGAAGCUCGUGCUCGACCUCGUCGCCGCCAAGGCGCGGGGCGCCGCGCCGCCGACGCUCGCCCUCGCGUCGCCCAUCGUCCUCCGCCUCCGCGCGGACGCGCACGCGCGGACGAUCCAGCGGAGCCUCGAGGUGCUCAUCCAGCGCCACCCGGCGCUGCGCUGCGCCUACGACGCCGAGAGCGGCACGCGCGAGGUGCGCCGCGCGGGCGACGUGCCGAGCGCCUGGCGCCGCGUGCGCUGGACGUCGACGGACAGCGACGAGCUCCGCGCGGCCGUCAAGGAGGCGCUCGACGACGGCGCGAUGGACGUGGGCCGGGGCCAGCUCCUGCGCGCGACGCUCCUCGACAUCGGCGUCCAGAGCGAGCACGACGCCGACGGCCGCGCGCCGUCGCGCGCGGGCCGGGGCAGCCUGUUGCUGCUGUGCGUGCACCGCCUCGCCGCGGACGUCGGCGAGCUCAUGGCCCUCUUGGACGACUGGCGCCGCGUGUCGGCCAUCCUCGUGGACCCGAAGAAGGGCCGGCGCGCGCGCCUGCUCACGGCCGGCGACGGGUCGCCCGUCGUCGACUUCUGCGAGUGGCGCCGCGCGCACAACCGCGGCGGCGCGGCCGCGGAGCGCGCGGCCGCGUACUGGGACCGCGAGCUCGGCGGCCUGCGCCUGGACGAGCUGAGUUUGGACGGCGUCGCGGACCGGCCCGCGCCGCCGCCGGGCCGGGAGACGCGGCGGGCGCGGGUCGUGCCCUUUGCCGUGGACGCGGGCGUCGUCGCGGAGUUUUACGCCGCGUGCCGCCGCGCGGAGGGCGCGGACACGUUCGUGUCGCUGCUGGCGGUCUACGCGACGCUGCUGGGCAAGUACGAGCGCUACGGCUCGAGCGACGGCGCCAAGGGCGACCUGAGCGACGUCGUCGUGUCCAUCCUGGUCGGCCACGAGAACGACCUGGGCCUCGACUUCGUCGUCGGCGACGCGGCGUCGUGGAUCCCCGUGCGCGUGCGCCUGAGCGGCUGCCGCACGUUCCGCGACGCGCUGGCGGCGACGCGCAAGGCCGUCGACGGCGCCCUGGCCCACAAGGACCACGUGCCCGAGGCCGUGCUGCUGAGCGACGCGAUGCGCGGCGCGCGCUUCGAGACGGCCUCGAAGGCGAGCCGCUGGUCCGGCACGGAGCUCUGGACGGAGACGGCCCUGGGCCUCGGCGACGCGCACCAGCGAGCGCUCGGGCGGGCGCCGAAGAAGCUCGUCGACGUCGGCGGCGUGCCCCUGGAGCCGCUGCCGCCGCCCGCGGAGCGCGCGGGCUUCGCGGACAGCGGUCUGACGCUGUGGCUCUGCGAGGACCCGGCGCCCUUCGCGCGGAGCGCGGCGGGGUCGAAGAAGCGCGUCAUGAAGCACGCCGGCGCCGUGCGCUACGCCGUGGACCGCUACGACCGCGCGACGGCCGAACGCGCGUGCGACCACUUCAAGAAGCUCCUCGAAAGCUGCCUGGGCGCGCUGAAGCACCACGAUGCCCUCGACGCCUGCUCCUUCGUCACGGACGGCGAGACGCGUCUGGUGGCCCAGUGGAACGCGACGGACACGGGCGACGCGCACGCGGGCGCGGUCCACGGCCGCGGCGUCCACGACUUCGCGUUCUCGGAGACGGCGCGCGACGCCCCGUCGUCGCCGGCCCUCGAGUUCGAGGCCAAGGACAAAGCCGUGGCGCGCGUCGCCUACGGGGAUUUAGAGCGGCUGAGCGGCGUCCUGGCCGCGUUCCUCGUCGCGCUCGACGGCGCGUCGCUCCGGCCGCCGCCCGCGGCCGUCUGCGCGCCGCGCGACGCGCCCGCGGCCUUUGUCGGUAUCCUCGGCGUGCUCCGCGCCGCGCGCGCCUACGUGCCCCUCGACGCGUCCUACCCCCUCGAGCGCCUGCGCUACAUGCUCGACGCGUCGAAGGCGUCCGUGCUCGUCGCGACGCGGGGCCUCGCGGACGCGGUCGCGGGCGCGCGCGACGACGAAGACGCGGCGCUCGUCGCUUUGGUCGACGACGGCGGGGCGCUGUCCACGCCGCCGCCCUCGCGGUCGAGGGCCAGCGGCUUCGAGGAGCUGCCCGCGGGCCCCUGGGGGCCGCGGCCCGCGUACGUGAUUUUCACGUCCGGCUCCACGGGAAAGCCCAAGGGCGUCGUCCUCCCCCACCGCGCCCUCGUCAAUUUAGUGCGGUGGCAGACGACGCGGCCGGGCUUCGAGCCCUGCAGGACGCUCCAGUUCGCGCCGCUGUCCUUCGACGUCCACGCGCAGGAGCUCUUCGUGACGUGGCGGUCCGGCGCGGCCGUCGUCCUCUGCCCGGACGCGACGCGGCGCGACUUCGCCGGGCUGCUGGCGCUCAUCUCCCGGCGCGGUGUCGAGCGCCUCUUCGCGCCCUUCGUGGCCCUCGCGGGUCUCGCGGACGCGUGGCGCGACGAGCCGACGGCCGUUGCCCUCAAGGAGGUCGUCUCCGCGGGCGAGCGGCUCCAGGUGACGCCGGGCAUCGCCACCUUUUUGCGGGCCUGCGGAACCGGCGCGACGCUCUGGAACCACUACGGCCCGUCCGAGAGCCACGUCUGCACCGCGCACGAGCUCCGGGCGGGCGCGGCCUGGCCGACGCUGCCGGCCAUCGGCGCGCCCGUGGACAACACGAAGAUCUACGUGCUCGACAAGGCGCGCGAGCCCUGCGGCGUCGGCGUCCGCGGCGAGAUCUUCAUCGGGGGCACGUGCCUCGCCAGGGGCUACGUCGGCGCGUCGCCGGACGCCGACGCGCGGUUCCGAUGCGACGGCGCCGCGCGGCUCUACGCGUCGGGCGACGUGGGGCGGUGGCUCCCCGGCGGCGUCAUCGAGUGCGUCGGGCGCCUCGACGACCAGGUCAAGGUCCGCGGCUUCCGCGUCGAAUUGGGCGACGUCGAGGCCGCGCUAGCCGCGCACGGCGCGCUCCGGGCCGUCGCGGCGACGGUCGUCGACGCGGGCGACGGGGCCGUCAAGGAGAAGGUCCUCGUGGCCUUUGCGGUCGUCGACGAGGACGAGCUGGAGAGUCUCCGGCGCGACGGCGGCGCGCGCGGCGUCGCGGCGAACGCGCUGCCGGCGUACAUGGUCCCGUCGCGCGUGCUCCGCGUCGCCGCGUUGCCGCUGACGCCGAGCGGCAAGCUCGACCGCGGGCGCCUGCCGCCCGUCGAGGACUGCGACGACGUCGACGCGCGCGACGGCGCGGCGCCGCGCGCGACGUACGCGGACGCCGUCGAGGCCGCGGUCGCCGCGGCCUUCGAGCGGGCGCUGCUGCUCAAGUCGGGCAGCGCGCGGGCCGGCGACGUCUUCGCGGAGCUCGGGGGCACGUCCCUCGCCGCCGCGCGCGUCGCGUCCGCGCUGCGGCUCGCGGUGCCCGACCUCGCCAGGGGCGCGAACCUCGCGGACGCGUUGCUCCGGGGCAGCGCGUCCGUGCGCUCCGUGGCGCGCGCGCUGCGCAAGGGCCAGGCGGCGCCGCCGGCGGGGAGCCUCGCCACGGCCCUCCUCGAGGAGGCCGCGGGCGACGACGGCGACGACGACGACGCCGGCCCCGCGCUCCCGCGCUUCGACGCGGCGCCGCGCGCCGGCCGGCGGCCGCCGACGCGGUCCGAGGAGGCCUUCUGGCUCGAGCGGGACCGGUCCGGCCCGGGCCGCGCGUCGCUCUACGCCGUGCCCGUGUGCGCGUGGCUCCGGCCCGACGCGGACGCCGCCCGGCUCGAGGCCGCGGUGAAGGCCGUCGUGCGCGCGCGCGAGGCGCUGCGCACGCGCUACGUCGAGGAGGACGGCGAGCGCUACGCCGAGCCGUUGGACGGCGACGCCGCGGCGUCCGCGUGCUGGUCCGCGACGGAGAGCGACGACGCCGCGGCCGCCGUCGCCGCCGCCGCGGCGCGGACGCCGGAGCCCUUCGACGGCGACGGUCCGCUGGUCUUCGCGACGCUCGUGACGAGCGGCGGCGUGCCGCGGGCCCUCGCCCUCGUCUUCCACCACGUCGCCGUCGACCUCUGGGCCCUGGAGAUUUUGCUCCGCGACGUCGCGGACGCGUACGGCGGCGACGCGGUGAGGCCGGAGACCCCGGGCCUGCUCGGCGCCGUCGCCGCGUGGCAGCGGGGGCCCUACGCGUCGAGCCCGCGGCGCGACGCGGCCGUGGCCUUCUGGCGCGACGCGUUCUCGCGCGGCGACGGCGGCGCGGCGACGGCCCUCGACGUGUCCACGGACCGGCCGCGGCCGAAGAGGCCCACGUUCCGCGCGGGCUGCGCCGCGGCGGCCCUCGACGACGCCCUCGUCCGCGCCGUCGCCUUUGGGGCGCGCCAGUGGCGCGUGUCGCCGCUCUGCGUCUACGCGUCGCUCUGGGCCGCGACGCUCGGCCGCUUCGCGAGCCAGCGCGACGUCGUCGUCGGCGUGCCCGGCGCGAACCGCGACGGCCUCGGGGGCGCCGGCGACGACCUCGUGGCCUGCUGCGUGAACAGCCUGCCGCUCCACGUGCGCCUCGAGGACGGCGCGGACGGGCCGCUGACGCUCGCGGCGCUCUGCCGGCGCGUCGGCGGCGCGCUCGAGGCCGCGCGGCGCCACGGCGCGCUGCCCUUCGCGGACGUCGCGCGCGAGCACGCCGCCUGCCGCGGCGCCGGCGACGGGUCGCGCCACGCCGUCUUCCAGACCAUGUUCGCGCUCCACGAGACGCCCCUGGGCGACGACGGCGCGCUCGCGCGCGUGCUCGCGGGCGCGACGGCGCCGUCGGCGGGCGCCGACGCGGGCGACGGGGCCUGGUGGGAGCGCCGGGGCCUCGCGCUGAAACCCCUGGCGCUCCCCGCGUCGCGCCGCAGCUGCCCCUUCGACGCGACGCUCACCGUCGUCGUCGGCGGCGGCGGCGCCGCGCGGUGCGAGCUCCUCUACGCGGCGGACCUCUUCGACGCGGCGACGGGCGACCGGCUCCUGAGAGCCUUCGCGAACCUCGUCGCGUCGAGCGUCGCCGACGUCGACGCGCCCCUCUUCGACUUCCCGCUGCUGGGGCCCGCGGACGAGCGAGCGGCGCGCGACCUCGGCGUCGGCGCGGACGCCGCGCCCUCCCGGCCGGGCGUCGCCCGUUUGCUGGACGCGCACGUGCUCUACGCGGCGUCGGCGCACGCGGGCCGCGUGGCGCUGCGGCGCCUCAAGUCGCAGGAGCCGCCGGAGAUGGAGGAGCUCACGUACGGCGAGCUCGCAGCUCGCGCGUCGUCGCUCCGCGACGCGUGGGCCGCCGCGGCGCCGGGCGACGCCUGCGUCGCCGUCUGCUGCCGCCGGGGCCCGCUCGUCGUCGUGGCCUUCCUGGGCGCGGCCCUGGGCAAGCGGCCCUACGUGCCCAUCGACGUCAAGGUGCCGCGCGCGCGGAAGACGACGGUGGUCUUGCAGUCGAGGGCGGCGAUCCUCGUGCUCGACGACGCGCGCGGCGAGGCCUUCGUGACGCUCGGCGACGAGGUCGGCGGCGCGGGCAUGUGGCGCGCGACGCUGGCCGACGACGAAGACGAGCGCGCGGUCGUCGCCGUCGCGGGCGGCCUCGGCGGGUCGCUCUGGGGCGCCCACGGCGCGUGCCGCGGCCACGCCGCGCCGCGGAAGAUCGCCAGGGCCGCGGCCGUCGCGCACGACGACGGCGCGGAUCCCGUGCUGAACAUCAUUUUCACGAGCGGGUCCACGGGCACGCCCAAGGGCGUCUUGGUGCCCCACGGCGGACUGGUGGCGUUGUGCUGGAACCUGGCGACGAAGGUCUACGGCGACCCCUGCGGCUGCGAGGACGUCUUCGCCCAGGUGGCGGGCGCGGCCUUUGACGCCUUUGGGUUCGAGGUCUGGCCGGGCCUCUUCGUGGGCGCGGCGGUCGACUUCGCGCCCGAGGCCGCCAAGGUCGACCCCGGCGCGCUCUGCGCGUGGCUCCGGCGGUCGCGCGUGACCGUGGCCUUCGUGCCGACGGCGCUCCUGGAGCUCGUGCUGAAGCUGGAGAAGGGCCGGGGCUUCGACUCGUGCCCGGCGCUGCGGACCGCGCACACGGGCGGCGACGCGCUGCACCGGGGGCUGCCGGACCACCUCCUGGGGUCCCUCAAGUUGCUCAACGAGUACGGCCCGACGGAGGCGACGAUCGCCUGCGCGGCCUUUAACGUGGGCGGCGGCCUCGACGCGCCGCCCAUCGGGAAACCGCUCGCGCUCCGGCGCCUGUUCGUCGUCGACACGGCGAACGGCAAGACGCUGUGCCCCGUGGGCGUGCCCGGCGAGCUCUUCGUGGGCGGCGUCGGCGUCGCCCGGGGCUACCUGGACCGCGAGGAUCUGACGAGCGCCAAGUUCGUCGACCUCGACGUCGGCGGCGCCGCGGAGCGGUGCUACCGCACGGGCGACCUCGUGCGGUGGCGCGGCGACGGCAACCUCGUUUUCUUACGGCGCCUGGACUCCCAGGUGCAGAUCCGGGGCUUCCGCGUCGAGCUCGGCGAGGUCGCGGCGGCGCUCGGCGCGCGGCCGGACGUCGCCGCGGCGCACGUCGCGCUCGCGGUGCCCGACGCGGACGACGCGACGUCCGCGUUCCUCGUCGCCUACGUCGUGCCCGCGGACCUCGUCAAGAAGCUGUCGGUCCGCAAGCUCCGCGCCGCGGCGGCGGACGCCCUGCCGAGCUACGCCGUGCCCGCGCGCUACGUGUUGCUCGACGAGCUCCCGUACACGCCGAACGGGAAAGUAGACGCCAAGGCCCUGCCCGACGUCACGACGGCGACCUGCGGCGACUUCGAGGCGUCCGACGGCGUCGGCGACCAGCCCCGGGGCGAGUUCGAGGAGAUCGUCGCCGAGCUCAUCGCCCAGGUUCUAGGAUCGUCGUACGUGCCCGCGUCCGCGUCGUUCUUCGAUCUCGGAGGCCACAGCUUGGCGGCGACGCAGCUCGCGGCGAAACUCCGCAGCGCCUUCGACGUCGACGUGCCCCUGUCGAAGAUCUUCGACGCGCCGACGGCGCGCGCGCUCGCCGCGUUCCUCGAGGCCGCGAGCGCGGGCCCGCGCGGCGACGCCGCGGACGAGGCCGCCGCGAUCGCGAGCGCCUUCGACGCCUUCCCCGGCGACGCCUGGGCGGAGGCCUCGGGCCCCCACCCGCUGAGCUACAACCAGCUCAGCAUGUACCUGUCGUGGCGCCUCGCGCCCGACGACGCGCACUACAACGUGUGCUUCGCGGCGAGAAUCCGCGCGCCGCUCGACGCGCGCGCGCUGUCGGCGGCGCUCGAGGCCGUCCAGGAGCGCCACGCGAUUCUGCGGACCGUCUACGCGUUGGGCGACGGCGGCGACCCCGUCCAGGUCGUCCUCGAGGCCGGGGACGCGGAGCUCGACUUCGAGGUCGUGCGGACGCGGGGGCUCGACGACGACCGCGUCGCGGCGCUGCGGCGCGACGAGGCGCGGACGCCCUUCGACCUCGAGGAGGGGCCGUUGCUGCGCGGGCGCCUCUACGUCGACGCCGACGACGACGCGCCGGCGCGGGGGCGCGACGCCUCGGGCGACGGCGCGCGCGCGCGGUCGCUGUCGCCCGCGCGGCGGCGGUCGACGCGCGCGGCCCUCAAGGCGAAGACGCCCCAGAAGCCGCCGCGGGACACGGGCAGCGGCGGCAAGGCGUCGGCGGCGACCCUCGACGGCGCGACGCGCGCGUCGCUCGCGCUCGUCGACGGCGCCGCGCAGCGCGCGGCCAAGGCCCUCGGCGGCGAGCUCCAGCUCACGCUGCACCACGUCGCCUGCGACGGCUGGAGCCUGGGGCUGCUGCUCGACGACGUCGCCCGCGAGUACGCGCGGCGCGUCGCCGGCGAGGCCGGGGCGGCGCGGGAGCCGGCCGUGUCGUACGCGGCGUUCGGCCGGUGGCAGCGGGCGGCGUACUUCGAGUCGGCCGACGCGCAGGCGUCCCUCGCCUACUGGCGCGGCGAGCUCGUCGGCAAGGGCGACCUGCCGAUCCUCGAGCUGCCGACGGACUUCCCGCGGCCGUCGCUGCAGAAGUUCGCCGGCGCGACGGUCGCGGCGGCGGUCGAGGGCGCGGUCGCGGAGAGGCUCCAGGCGCGCGCGCGCGACCGGGGCUGCACGCUCUACGUGGCGCUCCUCACGGCCUGGGCGGCCUUCCUCCACCGCCACGCGCGGGCCGACGAGCGCACGAAGGACGCGAAGCGCGGCGAGAUCGUCGUCGGCGCGCCGCUCGCGUGCCGCGGCACGGACGAGCGCGAGAAGAUUCUGGGCCACUGCGUCAACGCGAUGCCGCUGCGCAUCGCGUUCCACACGGACGCGACCUUCGGCGACGCGCUCGCCGCGGCGCGCGACGCCGUCGUCGGCGCCGUGCACCACCAGGACUAUCCGCUCGCGAAGCUCGUCGACGAUCUAGGAUUGGCCGCGGACUUUGACGCGUCGCGGCCCGCGCUCUUCCAGACCCUCUUCGCGCUGGAGCGCGCGGCGGCGCCGGGCGACGCGCUGACGCCCUUUUUGGCCAUCCCCGGGUCGUCGCUGGAGCUGGAGGGUGCGCUGCGGCUCGAGUCGUUGCCGACGGAUUCGGAGACGUCCGCGUUCGACGUGUCGCUGAGCGUCGCCGCGGACCCGGCCGACGGGUCCCUGCGCUGCAAGGUCACCUACGCGACGGCGCUCUUCCGCCCGGCGACGGCGGCGGCCCUGGCGCACCGCUUCGCCGCCUUCGUGGCGACGGUCGCGGACGCGCCCGUCGACGCGAAGCUCGGCGAGCUCGACGUCGUCACGGCCGCCGAGGCCGGCGAGCUCGAGGCCGCGCGCCGCGGGCCCGCCCUCGGCGGCGACCCGGACCGCGUCCGGGGCACGGUGCUCGCCAAGUGGCUCCGGAGCGCCGACACGCGCGGCGCGGCCGUCGCGCUCGACGACGCCGCGGGCCUCGCGCUCUCGCACGGCGACCUGCGGCGCCUGGCCAAGGAGUUCGCCGACACGGUCGACGAGCUGUCGUCGACGACGCGCCGCGCGCCGACGGCGUCGCUGCCGCCGACGCCCCUGCGGCGGCCGACGCUCGCGGGCAAGCUCCGGGGCCUCUUCUCGUCGGAGACGCCGCGCGAGCCGCGGUCGCGCCAGUCGUCCGCGGACUCCCAGGGCUCGUCCGACGACGGCCGGAGCCGCAGCGUCUGCGAUUCCGUGGACUACGCGGACCUCGGCCGGUCCCUGGGGCUCUCGAGCGACGGCGCGGCGAGCCCGGGCCGCCUCGCGGCGGACGCGGGCGACGCGGAGGACGUCGGCGGGGCCGCGGGCGGCGCCGUCGUCGUCGCGCUGCCCCGCACGUGGCGCGUCGUCGCCGCCGCCGUCGGCGCCGUCGCGAGCGGCCGGCCCUACUGCCUCCUCGACGCGUCCCACCCGCCGGGUCGCCUCGAGCGGCUCGCGCGGAACGCGCGCGCCGCGGUGCUCGUCGCGGAGCGGCCCCUCUACGGCGACAUCGGCCGCGAGGCGUCCGGCGACGUCGCGCCCCUCUUACCCUUCGACGCCGGCGCCGCGCGGAACAUGCUCGAGGCCGCGCGGCGCGAGCCGCUCCCGGAGGUGCGCAAGUUCGAGGCCGCGGCCGCGGCGCGCGUCGCCGAGGACGACGCGGCCUACGUCCAGUACACGUCCGGGUCCACGGGCGCGCCCAAGGCCAUCGUCGUCGGCCACGGGGCCCUGGCCCACGCCUGCGGGUGGCACGAGGCCGAGUACGGCACGCGCGCCGCGGACGUCGCCGCGCAGUGCGUCGGCACGGGCUUCGACCCCUGGAACCUCGAGGUCUGGCCCUUCUUCGCCGUGGGCGCGGCCGUCGCCAUCGUCGACGACGACGCGCGGGCCUGCCCCGCGUCGCUGUCGAAGCGGCUCGCGGAGGCGCGCGCGACGUUCUGCCUCCUCCCGACGCCUCUGGUCGAGCUCCUCUUCGCCUUCUACGACGCGGAGGCCGCGCCGCCGAAGCUCCCGGACCUGCGCGUGCUCUACUUCGGCGGCGACAAGCUGAAGACGCUCCCGCCCGCGGCGCUCUACGCGGCCGCGGCCGCGAGCCUCCGCGUCGACAACCACUACGGCCCCGCGGAGUGCACCGUGCUAUCCACGCUCUUCGAGAUCCCCCGGCCGGGCCGGCGCGGCGGCUUCGACCUCGACGACGUGCCCAUCGGCCGGCCCCUGUCGUGUCACGUGACCUGCGACGUCGUCGACGCGCGGCUGCGCCGGGUCCCCGUGGGCGUCGUCGGCGAGCUCGUCGUCGGCGGCCUGGGCGUCGCCGACGGCUACAUGGGCAUGGCCGACGUGACGGCGCGCAAGUUCGUCGCGGACCCCUUCGACGGCGGCGACCGCAUCUACCGCACGGGGGACCUCGCGCGGUGGCGGCGCGGCGGCGACGGCUCGCUCGCGAUCCACUUCGUCGGCCGCGCGGACGACCAGGUGAAGAUCCGCGGCAUGCGCUGCGAGCUCGGCGAGAUCGAGGCGGCCCUCGCGGGCCACGCGGGCGUCGACGUCGCCGUCGCCGUCGCGGCCGAGGGCAAGGUCGCGGGCUACUACGUGCCGCGCGGCGACCCGUCGCCGGAUCUGGACCUGGAGCUCGCCCAGUGGUGCCGGAGCCGGCUGCCGGCCCACGCCUGCCCGUCGGCCUUCAUCCCGCUGGCGCGCCUGCCCUACACGCCCAACGGCAAGGUCGACCGGAGGGCGCUGCCCGCGCCGGACUGGGCCGCGCUGGCGGAGACGCGGCGCGACGACGACGCGCUCGCCGACGACGGCCGGGGCCCGCGGACGGCGACGGAGGCGCGCGUGGCGUCGGCCUUCGCGUUGGUGCUGCGCGUCGACGAGCACCGGGUCGGCGUCCACCGGUCCUUCUUCGACCUCGGCGGCACGUCGCUCUCCGCGGCGCACCUCCUCGGCACGGUCGAGCGCGUCUUCGGCGCGGCGCCGAAGCUCAGCGAGCUCUUCGCCGCGCCGACGGUCGCGGCGCUCGCGGCGCUGCUCGACGCGCGGGGCUCCGGCGGCGGCGCGCCGGACGACGCCUUCGACCUCGAGUCCGAGGUCGUGCUCGACGACGCGAUCCGGCCGCGGCCGCGCCACGACGCCGCGGCGCUGGCCGCGCGCGUCGCGAAACCGCGGGCGUGCCUCGUCACGGGCGCGACGGGCUUCGUGGGGUCCUAUUUGCUACGGGAAUUGGCGGCGUCGGGACGGUACGCGCGCGUCUACUGCCUCGUGCGCGCGCGCGACGACGCCGAGGCCGCGGCGCGCGUGCGGACGGCCGUGCUGAACUUCGUCUGCGGCGGCGACGAGGCCGCGCUCGGCGACGUCGACCUGAGCCGCGUCGCGCCGCUCCGGGGCGACCUCGCGCUCGCGAGGCUCGGUCUCACGGAGGCGGCCUGGGACGAGGUGCGGCGCGGCGUCGACGCCGUCUUCCACAGCGGGUCCCUCGUGAACUUUUUGUACCCGUUCCAGGCGCUCAAGGCGGCGAACGUCGGCGGCACCGUGGAGCUGCUGAAGCUCUGCGCGGCCGCGGGCGGCGAGGACGACGCGGCGCCCGUGCCGCUCCACUUCGUGUCGUCGCUGUCGACGCUCGGCGGCGGCGACAACGGCUUCGGCGAGGACGCGGCGCUGGCGCCGCCCGGGACCGUCUUCGGCGGCUACGCGCAGACGAAGUGGGUCGCGGAGCGGCUCGUGCUUCUCGCGCGGGACCGCGGCCUGCCCGUGACGGUGCACCGGCCGCCGCGCGUCGUCGGCGACCGGGUCCGCGGCGGCGGCAACUUCGACGACUUCCUCUUCCUCGCGCUCCGCGGCGCCGCGGAGCUCGGAUCCGCGCCGGACAUCUCGUGGACGGAGCGGACGGCGCCCGUCGACUUCGUGGCGACGGCCGUCGCGGCGCUGGCGGCCGACGCGGCGAAUCUGGGCGGCUGCUUCCACUACCUCUCCGAGGCCGAGCUCCAGUGGGCGGACCUCUUCGCGUGGGCGCGCGCCUUCGGCGCGGACGUCGGCGCGGGCGCCGUGCCCUUCUCGGACUGGAAGGACCGGGUCAAGGCCGCGGGGCCGGGCGAGAACGCGCUCUUCCCGCUCCUGCCCGUCCUCGACGAGUUCGGCGAGAUCGCCGACUUCCCGGCGUUCACGUCGACGGCGACGGACGCCGCGCUCGCGCGGGCCGGCCUGCCCCUGUGCCCGUCCUUCGACGAGGCCGCCGCGCGGACCCACUUCGCGCGCAUGGCGGACCUCGGGCUGCUGCCCAUGCGCGCCGGGGCCACUGGCGCGGCGUAACAUGUGUAGCAUU